UUUAUACAUGUCUUUACACAUAUCUAUAUACAUGUCUUUACACAUAUCUAUAUACAUAUACAUGCAUUUAUACAUUCCUUUAUACAUGCCUUUAUACAUGUCUCUAUACAUACUUUUAUACAUUCCUUUAUACAUGCCUUUAUACAU